AUGCUUCCGGAGUCUAAUAGCGCUUCCGUGUCGUGUCUGUCAACCUUCACCGGGACCAUGGGUGCAGUUGAUUCAUGGUGCGCCCAACAGGAGCAGAGACCCACAGGGAAGAAAUCGCACCACUGCUCUGACUGUGGGAAGAGUUACUCAAGCUCAGAUUCACUAAAAGUACACCAGAGAAUUCACACUGGAGAGAAACCUUAUAGCUGUGAUCAAUGUUGGAAGAGUUUUACUUCACCUAGCCAGAUGACUAUCCACCAGAGAACACACACAGGAGAGAAACCUUUCCAUUGCUCUGACUGUGGAAAGAGUUUUGUUAUCUCAGGAUAUUUAAGAGCACACCAGAGAACACACACAGGAGAGAAACCUUAUAGCUGUAAUCAAUGUGGGAAGAAUUUUACUUCAUCUAUCCAGCUGACUAUACACAAGAGAAAGCACACAGGAGAGAAGCCUUAUAGCUGUGAUCAAUGUGGGAAGUGUUUUGUUACAUGUAGCCGUCUGACUAUCCACCAGAGAACACACACAGGAGAGAAACCUUAUCACUGCUCUGACUGUGGAAAGAGUUUUGUUAUCUCAGGAAAUUUAACAUCACACAAGAGAAAACACACAGGAGAGAAGCCUUAUAGUUGUAAUCAAUGUGGGAAGAGUUUUUCUCACUCAGGCAACCUGAUAGCACACGUGAGAAUACACACUGGAGAGAAACCUCAUUUCUGCUCUGACUGUGGGAAGAGAUUCAUCUUUUCAGCAGAUCUUAAAAUACAUCAGAGAAUCCAUACCGGAGAGAAACCUUACCACUGCUCUGACUGUGGAAAGAGUUUUGUUUCAUCAAGACAUUUAAAAUCACACCAGAGAACACACACAGGAGAGAAAUCUUAUAGCUGUGAUCAAUGUGUGAAGAGUUUUACUACAUCUAGCAGACUGAAAUCACACCAGAGAACACACACAGGAGAGAAACCUUAUAGCUGUAGUCAAUGUGACAAGAGAUACUCUGGUAAAAGAUCACUGAUUAAACAUCAGAAAAUACAUACAUGAAGGAGUUGUUUCUUGAUAUCAAUGAAAUAAUGUCACAAUGUAUAAUGUUUUAACAUUGUAGAAGGAGUAUUUUAAUUAUUCACAAUGUAGAAUCCUAAACGUUUUCCCCCUGUUCUAUUGAUUUCAGCGUGAUAUGGAUAUUAGCCUCAUCGGGGAAAAUCCACGCUCUGAAUUGAAAGAGUACUAUUGAUGUGAUUAACAAAAAGUGAUUGAGAAAUAAAGUGUUGUGUUACACUUACCACGUUGGCGACCCACUUGAUUCAAAAUGCAACACUUCUAAAUGUAGCUAGCUGUUUUCUACAAAUUGUCCUCUGACCAGUGAUGUACACAUUAUUC